GCCCACGGGCCUUUAUGCGCAUGCUCUUCCGCCUCCUGACUGGAGGGUGGUAGGGAGCUUCAGGUGUUGUCAUGGAGGACGCCAAGAGGCUGGGGCAGGCGGAGGAGGUCCCCGAAAACCAAAGCGUUCAGCCGGCGACAGGUCGGGGAGGUGUCGCAGGAACCCUGGUGGAGCGCACCGCGACCCCCGGCGGCCUGGCCCUGGUGAGCCCCUACCACACCCACCGGGUCGGGGACCCCUUAGACCUCGUGGCGCUCGCAGAGCAGGUGCAGAAGGCUGAUGAAUUCAUCCGAGCAAAUGCCACCAACAAACUGACAGUCAUAGCUGAACAAAUCCAACAUUUACAAGAACAAGCCAGGAAGAUACUGGAAGACGCUCACAGAGACGCUGACUUACAUCAUGUAGCUUGCAAUAUAGUAAAAAAACCUGGCAACAUUUACUACCUUUAUAAACGGGACAGUGGUCAGCAGUAUUUUUCUAUUAUUUCUCCAAAGGAAUGGGGGACGGGUUGUCCACAUGACUUCCUUGGUGCCUACAAGCUACAGCAUGACUUGUCCUGGACUCCGUAUGAGGACAUUGAGAAACACGAUGCCAAAAUCAACACAGUGAACAAGUUGCUAAGCCAGUCAGCAGCUCUGCCUCCAAGCACUGAACCCACCUUCGGGACUGACUGAGAGUGGACACUCAUAAACAGCUCUCACAGCAAGGUCCUGUCACCUCCUUGUUGCCCUCACUCUCCGCCUUGAUGGGAGGUGGCAUGCGAAUUAAGGUGUUGUGGGUGAAUCAUGAACUUGUUGAGUAGAGACCCUGUGUGGGGCACCUGGGGGGCUCAGUUGGUUAAGUAGUUAAGUGUCUGCCUUCGGCUCAGGUCAUGAUCCUGGGGUCCUGGGAUCAAGCAGGGAGUCUGCUUCUCGCUCUGCCUCUCUCCCAUCUCAUGUGUGCACUCACUGAGUCUUGCACACGCACUCUUUCUCUCACCUCUCCUCUCUCAAAUAAAAUUAAAAAAAGAAAAGAGACCCUGUGUGAAUAUAAAUGCUAUCACUAUUACUUUUAGUUAGGAUGGUAAUGAAUCCUGUCAGUCUCUUUGGAUCCUCUCUGGGUCACAGGUACCCAGCAAGUCACUUUCAGAGUAUUGGCCAAUGUCCUUUCCUUCUCCUUUAUCUCCAGCUGUUCUCCCACAAGUCAGAGUAUUAGAAAAAGAAGAGUCCUUUUCUCACAUAAAGUUUGGUGAGACAUUUUCCAGAGAAGACUUUUUUUUGGUCUUUUUGUACCUGAAGUGUUUGAGUUUGGGUUGAGGUUGAACACGGGGAAAAAAAAGAGGCAAACCAUGAGAGAGACUCUUAAAUGUAAAGAACAAACUGAGCUAAGUAAAAUCUUAAAAAAAAAAAAAAAAGGUAGGGGCUCGCCUGGGUGUUCAGUUGGUUAAGCAGCUGCCUUCAGCUCGGGUCAUGAUCCCAGCGUCCUGGGAUCAAACCUCGCAUCAGGCUCUCUGCUCAGCAGGGGGCCUUGUAUACCCUCCCCUCUGCCCUCUGCUCUGCCUACAGAGAGAUAGAGAUAUCUCUCUGUCAAAGAAAUAAAUAAAAUCUUAAAAAAAAAAAAAAAAAAAGAAACUAAGGGUUGUUGGCGGGAGGUGGGAGGAUCGGGCUAGAUGGGUGUUGGGGAUUGAGCAGUGCAUCUGUUGUGAUGAGUCCUGGGUGUUGCACGUAAGUGAUAAAUCACUAAAUUCUACUACUGAAGCCAAUAUUGCAUAUAUGUUAACUAACUAGAAUUUAAUAAGAAACUUGAAAAUUAAAAAAAAAAAGUUGGGGUCAAGGCUAGUUAGCCGUUAGUGCAGCUCUGGCACAGGACGGGGCUAGAACCUGACAGGGUCACCCAGGUGACCCAUCACUCAUUUCACAGGGGAACGCUUUGACAAGUCAGCUGUAAAAGCCUCUGUUGGAUAUGGCCUUGGGGACACGUGUGCACGCGUGCGCGCGUGCACACACACAGACAUAUUAGUGGUACAGUAGUUGAUUCUGACUGCAGAAGGUUCCCGAGGUUUUCACAAGCUCCUGACCUGCAUGCUAAUAACACAUUUGGAGCUGGUGCUUAUUAGUCAUCUGUUGCUGCACACAUGACCAAAAACAUGGUAGUUCAAACCAGCACACGUUUAUGGUCCCCUAGUUUCUCUGGGUCAGGAGUUAAUGCACACUUCCCUGGGCCCUCUGCUUCAAGGUUUUCACAGACCGCAAUCCCAUGGUUGGCCAGGGCUGGGUUCUCAUCUGAAGGCUGGAGAAGGGCCUGUCUCCCAGCUCACUUAGGCUGUUGGCAGAAUUUCAGUUCCUCAAGGGUGUUGGACUGAGUUUGUUGACUCUUAUUAACCCCAAACUGACUUCAGUUCCUUGGCACAUGGGUCUCCCUGACAUGGCAACUUGAUGAAAACCAGCAAGGACGAGUCUGCCAGCAGGAUGAAAGUGCCAGUAUUGUGUAGUCUUCCUCACGGGAGUGACAGCUCAUCCUUUGGCUGUGUUCUGUCUGUAAGAAGCAAGUCAGAGGCAGGCCCACGCUCGAAGGAGGGAAUUACACAAAGGCAGGAAUGCCGGAAGGUAGAAAUCAUUGGAAUCCCUGCCACAGUGCUCAGUUGAGAGGGAGAAAAGAAGGUCCUGGGAAAAAGAGGCAGUAUCACCAGUGGCUAAGCAUGGUAGUGUUCAAGUCACAGAUCUGGACCUGGACUCAGGUCUGACAAAAUCACCUUCCCAGCUGGUAUCCCCACUUCCUCAUGGAUUCCUUCUCCAAUCCAUUCUGCACACAGUCAUCAGCUUGGGCUUUUUAAAAUACAAAUCCUCCUCACUGGACAUUUCAUAACCACUGGAGCAAAAAAAAAAAAAAAAAAAAAAAAAAAAAAGUCCUGCCAUUCAGUAAGGUGCGCUUCCCGCACUGACCACCAGGUAGUGCCAUUGCUCUUUGCUCUUCCGCCAAUUAACCAAGCUUGGGGAAAGUCAUGGCAAAGUGAAGUGUUUUGGAGGUAGCAUCUCAGAGUGAGGAACUAGCACCACUGGCUAUAGACAGUAACCAUUUUCCAUUCACCCAGCCAUUUACCCAUUCAACCAUCUUAUUUUUAUUUUUUUAAGAUUUUAUGUAUUUAUUUGACAGCACAAGCAGAGGGAGAGGGAGAAGCCGACUCCCCACCGAACAGAGAGCCCAAUAUGGGGCUCAGUCCCAGGACCUGGGACCAUGACCUGAGCCAAAGCAGACUCUCAACCAAUUGAGCCACCCAGGCACCGCCCCCCACCCCGUCCCAUUCAACCAUUUUAUAAGUAUUAAGUGCCUUCUAGGAUCCAGGUUUUGGAGAAAACACAGCUGAGUAAAACAGGCACCUGUGUCCAAGGAGCUCUCAGCCUAGUGGGGGAGAAACCGAGUCAACAAUUACAAUGUGGAAUAAAAAGGGCUAUGACAGUGGUAUGCAUGGGAUAUGCAGCACCACAUCAGGGUACCUAACCCAGCUUGGAGAAUCUGGGAAGACUUCUUGGAAGAGCAGACGCCCAUGUAGGUAUUGAAAAACAAGAGGGGCGCCUGAGUGGCUCAGUGGGUUAAAGCCUCUGCCUUCGGCUCAGGUCAUGGUCCCAGGGUCCUGGGAUGGAGCCCCACAUUGGGCUCUCUGCUCAGCAGGGAGCCUGCUUCCUCCUCCCUCUCUGCCUGCCUCUCUGCCUACUUGUGAUCUCUGUCUGUCAAAUAAAGAAAAAAUCUUUUAAAAAGGAAAAAAAAAAAAAACAAGAGUUAGAGCUUGUUUGGAGACCCUGACUGUCCUCUGCAGGACAGUUGUCUUUGGAGUUUGGAGUAGGGUUCAUUUAUUUGUGAAUGAAGAAAGGGAUCUCCAUUUAACAAGCUGUGUUAACCAAACCAGUCCCGGCAGGCAGGAGGGUUGGAGUGAGGUAAGCCCUGGCUAGAAAACUUACUUCUAAUAGCUAGGAGAUAAGUAGUUGAAGAAUGGUAGGAAAAGGGAUUCCAGACUAUGGAAUAUAUGACAUCUGGGGAGCUGCAGCCAAUUUAAAGUGAAAAAUGCAGGCCAGGGGCCACAAGAGAAGGUUUAAUUGAAAGAUUUGGGGUAGGGAGUUGGUAAUAUUGGCCUUUUGACAUCAGAGGAUGAGGGUAGGGAAGAUGAGUAGGAGCUUCCAACCCUAGUCUAGGCAAGCAAUGGUGAAGGUCUGAGCGAAGGGAGCAGUGAUGGAAUGAGACAUACAGUUUCAUCAACUGUAAGAUGUACUGUUCUCCUCCCACAUUUUAAGAUCUCUGGAACUUGGAUGCUUCUAAAAGUCAGUGGCAUGUCACAGUUUCAGUGGCAGCAUUUUUUUCUUUCUUAGAACUGCAGAACAUAAUGGUGUGUCUCACGUGUCUUAGAAGGGUUGGCGUCUUGGAUUUGAUGGAAGUAUGGCAUUUUUUUUUUUAAGAUUUUAUGUAUUUAUUUAACAGAGAGAUCACAAGUAGGCAGAGAGACAGGCAGAGAGAGGGGGAAGCAGGCUCCCUGCUGAAUAGAGAGCCCAAUGCUGGGCACGAUCCCAGGACCCAGAGAUCAUGACCUGAGCUGAAGGCAGAGGCCCAACCCACUGAGCCACCCAGGCACCCCGAAGUAUGGCAUUUUGAAGCCACAAUAGACUGCAUCUUGUUAACUAAUAAGAUGACAGGGGAUGACUGACAAGAAGGACUCUCAGAUAAUGCUUGAAUUUCUAGCUUGAAUGCUGAUCUGGAUGGUGGGGUUCCACUCAACAAAAUAGGGAAGGGGGAGACAUCCCUGAUAUUUCCCAGAAUGAUGAGUGAUCUGUAUUUGCUUUAUUAGCUCACCAUGCUGGCCCUGUCCAGGCUCACUGGGUGUGAGUAGCAGCUGACUAUACCUCCCUUUCUCCAUCCUAGCUGUCUGGAAGGAGGGUUUGCUAUGUCCUUACCUUCUCAAGUUACCUGUCAGUCCACAGGCAUUGAGAGUAUUGGUGUUGUAGAUACCAAGAUGAUAAAUACAGCUUAGUGAGCUUUUAUUCUGCCAAGCAUAUCAUUAUCAGAUUUAAUUUUCGUAUAACAACUGUCUAUGAGGUAUAUAGUAUCCUUGUUUUAAGACUUUAUUUAUUAGAGCAUGAGAGAGAGCAAGAGAGCAAGCACAAGUGGGGCUAUAAGGGUAGAGGGAGAAGGAGAAGUGGACUCCCCACAGAGCAGGGAGCUCAACAUGGGGCUUGAUACAGGACUCUGGGAUUAUGACCUGAUCCACAGGCGUAUGCUUAACUGACUGAGCCACCCAGGCACCAAUAGUAUCUCUGGUUUUUUCUUUUGUUUUGUUCUUUAAUAUUUAUUUAUUUAUUUAUUUAUUUGACAGAGAUUACAAGCAGGCAGAGAGGCAGACAGAGAGAGAGAGAAAGGGAAGCAGGCUCCUUGCUGAGCAAAGAGCCUGAUGUGGGGCCCCGUCCCAGGACCCUGGGACCACGACCUGAGCCGAAGGACCCUGGGACCACAACCUGAGCCGAAGGCAGAGGCUUUAACCCACUGAGCCACCAAGCACCCUAGUAUCUCUGUUUUAAAAAGCGGGAACAUCUGCCCAAAGAUUAAGCAACAGGCCCAUGGUUAUAUAGAUCGAACAGUCCUGUUUGAUUCAAGUCUGCCUAUAACCAGUCCUAGGGGAUCCCAACAUAGUCGUAUAAGGAAGUUAAAACACGAAAGUGACAGUAAGCUGUGCUUAUGGGAUGCUAUUGGAGGCAUUCCCUUGGGUGUGUAGUGAUGAGCAUGGAGGGGCUGUAGAUCAAGGCCCAGACAAGUUAAGUAACUUAACCAAGGUGAUGCAACUCCUAAGCCGGGGAGCCCAUGUUUCUGGCACUAAAGCCUGUGCAAAACCCUCAUGCACAAGAUGGGGUUCAGCCCUUAAGGAGCUGGAGCUUGGGAGGAAGGAGCUACAAGUGCCUGGAGUAGUUAUUUCUAAAGAAGUUUCUGAUUCAGUGGA